CAAGAGGCCAGAGCGACCGAGGUCACCGGGGAGCGAAGUCACAGGAACUACGCCAGCUAGUCUGAGUUCUGAGUUCUCCCGUGGCUUAUAAAAGCAGCUCCACCACCACGCUCGCCCACCAGCUGCUCUCCCACCAAGAGCUGCUCCUGUUGCCUAACCAUCCAUCCCGUUCCCGUCAGCUCUGCUGCCCGUAGAUCUGCCCCGCCCCGCCGCGCCGGCGUUGCUCUUCCAAGAUCAGAUGGCGAUCACGGUGAAGCGGUCGACGAUGGUGCGGCCGGCGGGGGAGACGCCGCGCGUGCGGCUCUGGAACUCCAACCUUGACCUCGUCGUGCCGCGCUUCCACACGCCCAGCGUCUACUUCUACCGGCGGGCCGAGGCGGGAGGGGACGCGGGCGCGACGGGGGUGUUCUUCGACGGCGAGCGGAUGCGGCGCGCGCUGGCGGAGGCGCUCGUGCCGUUCUACCCGAUGGCAGGGCGCCUCGCGCGCGACGAGGACGGGAGGGUUGAGAUCGACUGCAACGGGGAGGGCGUGCUCUUCGUCGAGGCCGACGCGCCGGACGCUGCCGUCGACGACUACGGCGACUUCGCGCCCACCAUGGAGCUCAAGCGCCUCAUCCCGGCCGUCGACUACACCGACGACAUAUCCUCCUUCCCGCUCCUCGUGCUCCAGGUGACCUACUUCAAGUGUGGAGGCGUCUCCCUUGGUGUUGGCAUGCAACACCAUGUCGCUGAUGGCAUGUCUGGUUUACACUUCAUUAACUCAUGGUCGGAUCUCUGCCGUGGACUUCAAAUUGCAAUCAUGCCUUUCAUCGAUCGUACUCUCCUUCGUGCCCGUGAUCCACCGACUCCAUCUUACCCUCAUGUUGAGUACCAGCCUGCCCCAGCCAUGCUGUCCUCUGCGCCCCAGGUUCUCACUGGAAAGCCAAUGAUGCCUCCAACUGCUGUGGACAUCUUCAAGCUUACCCGCUCAGAACUUGGCCGCUUGCGCUCACAGCUCCCCUCUGGCGAAGGUGCACCACGGUUCAGCACGUAUGCAGUGCUAGCUGCGCAUGUCUGGCGCUGUGUCUCCCUUGCUCGCAGCCUUCCUCCUGAACAGCCCACCAAGCUGUAUUGUGCCACUGACGGGCGACAAAGGCUGCAGCCCCCGCUUCCAGAUGGUUACUUCGGGAAUGUCAUCUUCACCGCCACCCCACUGGCCGAGGCAGGCAAGGUGACCAGUGGGUUAGAAGAUGGAGCCACAGUCAUCCAGGGAGCGCUAGAUAGGAUGUCUGAUGACUACUGCCGCUCAGCAUUGGAUUACCUGGAGCUGCAACCGGAUUUAUCAGCAUUGGUUCGAGGAGCUCACACAUUCAGGUGCCCUAACCUCGGUCUCACCAGCUGGGUGCGCCUGCCGAUCCACGAUGCUGAUUUUGGUUGGGGACGACCGGUGUUCAUGGGUCCUGGAGGCAUUGCAUACGAGGGGCUGGCGUUCGUCAUCCCGAGCUCGAGUAAGGAUGGCAGCUUAUCCAUCGCUAUCUCGUUGCAGGCCGAGCACAUGGAGAAGUUCCGGAAGCUGAUAUUCGAGGUGUAAACAGGCCGCAUUGCUUAUUUCAGAACUAAGUCACAGGGCAAGAAGCUUCAGUUUGUGCUGAACAGGCAGUCUCUUCUCCGGGGUAAACUGUCUGAAGUUUCAGGCCGCAUUAUUUAUUUCAGAAAGAAGUUACAGGGCAAGAAGCUUCAGGUUAUGCUGAACUCUUCUCCGGGGUAAACUGUCUGAAGUUUCAAGUGAACAUAGUGUGUGUUCUUGCUCUUCUUGAGUACAUUCACUCUAAUACUUGUCUCCUUGGAGGUCUUUUUUGGGACAACACCUAAACUGCACGUGGUAUACAAAUAAGACUAUCUAUUACUGUAAAGAAAAGUAUUUCAUAGAUAAGGAGUUCUGUUCUUUUUUUGAAGAUCAACAAUGAAUGGGUUGUGCACUAGACUGUAUAGAGUACAAGAGUAUGUUGAAUCAUGUAUCGAAAAACAGAUGGAAAAAUCUGAUUAUUUUUUAAGAAAAGAGAGAUUGCUUUAGAACCUCA